UCACCGGGAUCGGUUCACUCGGCCUCGGCAGUACUACAUCGCGCUGUCUCACUGACAGCCUGAAAAAAAUUACGUAAAUAUUACAAGAGUACGAGAGUCACGCAUUGAUUAUGAAACGUCUGUAGCCGUGGGCAGCAGCGCUCCCGACCUGACUCCACGCGUCCUACGAGCAAGUGUCGCCGCGUUUUGUUUAAAUUGUGCCAUUCUGUUUGACCCUGGUGAUUUUAUUUUAUUAUACUGUUUUGUAUCCCCCGCCUGUGGUGUUUGCUGAAUCCAUCUCUGUGUUUUUGUUGUGAUUUAUUUUUACCUGAUUGGAUUGUCACAGACCUUAACUGGUACGGACUGGAUUCAAAUAAGGGCGUGCGAUGCCUGGAUACUAUUUUAUAUGUGACUGUGCUGCCAAGAUGGUGUAGACUUAAUCGAUGACUGUGCCAAUUUCUCCUCAGCCAAAUAUGGCCUUCUCGACUGUUCGCGGGACUUUCCAAGAACUUUUAUAAAUUUCGCUCAGUAACGUUAUAGACGUAUCAAUGGUUCGGUGAAAAUUAAUGAAAUAAAAAAAUGGGGCGGCGACGUUGGAGAUUCGUGACGAUCGCUGCGUUUUUGCUGUUCAUGAUAAAGGACACGCAAUGUCAAGAUGAAAACGACUUUUACUACACACCGGUGGAAAGAAGUUUUGCUCAAGUUCAACCACCCCUAUUUCCAAACAGUCGCCCAUCGACAUACUUCGAGCACGGCGACAACUUCAGAGUGCCGGCACCCUCUCAACAACCUCUCUACAAUGAGGGCCACGUGAGGUUCCCGAGCCCCAACUACAAUCAAAACCCUUCACCGUUCCAGCUGCCAACAGGCAGGAGUCAAGCUGGAACACCGUACUACAUAAAUCAGCCAGAAUUCAAUGGCCCACAAAGACAAAGAUUUAGGCCAGCUUUACCCUAUAACUUCCAGAUGGUACAUCCAGCAUCGACAAAGAGGCCUGAUACGUCGCAAAUUCAUUCCGUUGCUUAUCAGAAUGAUCCAUCAAAGCCAGAAACUUUCUUAGGCCAAAUUACUAUUAAUAACCCCGAUAUUGAUUAUUUACAAAACAAUAGAUUUAAAAAUAUACCAUUCGAUAGUAAUAGCUUAAAAAGCAACGGGCAAAGUGGUCACAUUGCACAUGAUGAGGAUAUUGAUGAUGACAAUCAAGAUAUUUUCGAUCAUCACAGAGUUACCACCUACAAUCCUAAUAAACUUGUAAAUAAACAAAGACUGAAUAUUAGACCGGGUAGCUCGCGAUUAAAUCAUCAUGAUCCUCCGGCCACUGAUGAAAAGACUUACUUCCAAAAUACGCCAAAUAGAUUAUCUGAAGGCAACAACAACAUUAAACCACAAAAAACUAAUCCAACUUCUACCGAAAAUAAAGCUUUACUUGAUUUGGAACCGCUACUGGAAGAUGAUAUAAGCGAUAUAAGCUCCUUCAGAGAACUUAUGAAGAAUACAGAAGGAUCAUUCGACGUAGAAGUUGUGAAAUCUAAUGCCAGUAAUAAGGCAGAAUCCAGUGAUGAUAGUAAGCCUGACGCAAGUUCUAUGAACACCGAUAAUUUACCAAAGACAGUUGUAGUUCAAACUACAACAAAGAAGUCAACUACAACAACGAGCACAACUUCAACAGCCGCACCUCAGUAUGAAACCAAUAACUCACAAGAAAACAACCACAGUGAGGAAGUAGAAGAAGUUGAAGAGUACGAAUAUUAUGAUGAGACAGAAAGUUCGGAAGUUCAACAUACUACCCGUGCACCGGACUCAACGGAGCAUGCACCGGAUAUUUAUGAUGAAUACGAUGCUACAGAUGAACUAGAAAAACCUACGGAAGAACCAAAACGUAAUAUCACUAAAUCAUUCGAUGUGUUAACAAUGAAAACUGCCAAUGCCAGCCAAGUGAAAGAUGAUAACUUCAAAGAUUUUGUAGAUAGCACUGUCAUCGAUCAAACAGAACAAGUAAGUGGCAAUGAACCUACAACUAGUACAUCCGAUAGUGCUGAUAUCUCUAUUUCUGACGAAGACGUGACUUCAAUAGAAACUCCUUCUAUUCUUGGCCAAGAAGUUGUAUCUGUUGUCACUACCAAGAGUGUUGUUAAUGGAACUAUAUCUAUACCGGAUGUUACAUUUGCCCCUAGUACGACAAAAUUAGGUGCUACGCCAGAAUCUUCAUCAGAACAAAAUCAAGAUAAUGACACUUCUCUUCCUGUCACGACUGAAAACUGGCGCGUCGUUGCGUCAGUACAAACAAGCCGCAGUGUUUCUGGCGCCCGAUUUUUACCUUUUCCAACUGUAGAACAGGAUGAAAAGAAACAAGUUUUAGCAGACGACGAAACAGAAGAAGACGAAGAAACUGUAACCCGAGACCCCAUGCAUGAAACUAGUGAAAUUAUCAACAGUUCUUCAUCUACAGAAAAUAUUAAUGAUAAAUUAGAUAGUAUUCAGUCUGAAUUAUCUAGUGAUGUGUUAUCAGGAUCUUUGAACAAUGAGAACAAGAAUAUUGAACUAAUCACUGAAACCACCACAGAGCAAAGUACUACAACAUCUAGUACAACACCGACAACUACUACACAGGGUUCGUUAAAUGUAUUUACGUUAAAAAGUACCCAAACUCCAUCAGUAACAGAAAAAUCAGCACCAGAUCCUCUUCCAGUUCUUAUAAAGAAGUUUACUCCCCGUGUGACGACAUCAACUACUCCAAAACCGAGAAAGAAGCCAUCUCUGGUUACUGUCAUGGAUGAGUUGCCGGUGGGAUUCCUGCCUCCAGGAUACAAAUCUAGGCUCUCAUUCAAAGAUAAACGUACCAGCACAACCACAACAACAACUACUACCACCACUACAACAACAACACCCGCUCCGACUUCGUCUACCGAGGAAUCUGUUAUAAACGGAACACAAGGACGAUCUUCAGGAAUUACUUCCAAAAAUAGAGUCAUACUCUUAGACGAUAAAUCUCUGCUACCAAAAGAAUAUAAACCUAAAGAGAGGGCACCAGAAGAUUUGUUCAAGAAGUUCCAAAAAGACGACCUCAGCAAAUUCUUGCCUCCUGGCUUCAAACCAACAGAAACAGAGGACCGUGAGACAAAGUCGAGCACAAAACCAAGUAUUUUAGACAAGGUAGAAAAAGUUGAUAUAUCUGCAUUUUUACCCAAGGGUUUCAAACUGAACACAUCUACUACAGAAAAACCUAAACUAGUACCGAAGUUACCAUUAAAUGCUGCACCAGUAGAUAUAACGGCAUUCUUACCACCUGGGUUCAAACUUAAUGAUACGGGAAAGGAUAGCAAUGAAAACAGUGCUGAAUUAGUUAACAAAUUCAAAGUAGCUGACAUCUCAAGCCUUUUACCACCAGGAUUUAAAUUAAAUGACACCGAAGACGAGCCGGCUCCUCCUAGUUCUACUACAAAAGCUCCUGGUGGAAUCAAACUAGUUUUCCCGUCGAGACCUGGAAACAAAGGUGCAAGGAAAACGACACCUAAACCAAGUACGGGUAACGGCCCUCCUCCCGUCACACCAAAAAUACAGAAAGGUUGGCCUACGAGAGCAUCGACAGAAUUCACUGGUUGGCCAUCAUCUUCAACCACGCCUUUCUCGAUAGAGAAGUAUCUAAACAAGAGUGUGACAAUACCUAGUGUCGAAACUGAAGUGAGCACAGAGGCCACAACACGCCGCACGACGACCACGACGACUACAACGACUAUUCCACCACCGCCGACCACUCCUGGCAUAUGCAAACGGGAGUGUGACAUCGCUGCUACUAUCAAGAUCGUUGCAGGAGUCCAUUGGGUACCAGAACUGCUGGAUCAUCACACAGAGGAAUGGCAGAGGCUCGCUGCCGAUGUGAAAGAGGAGCUCAAUUCCGUAUAUUCAAAAUCGGAUCUUUUAAAGAAAUGGUAUAAAGGCAUCCGAAUUGACGGGUUUAGUCAGGGAUCUGUGCUUGUCGACUACUUCAUCGAGUUGAAUGAUAUCGAAGAAAAAGUCGACACACUGGAAUUAAAGAAAAUAUUCCACAAAUCUCUGCAUGAAGCAAGACCCGGCUCUGUAGUUGAGACAAUAACAGAGGCUCCUAAUGAAGAUUUUGAUCCUGAUGUAAUGUUGGGUGAUCAGCCUGACGAAGAAAGGAUGAAGAAAAGUAAUGAGAAAAUGACAAAGACUAUUGACAAGUCUGCUGGGAAACUGGAGAUCGGGAAGUUUGUUAUGGAUCCUGCGUAUACUGAAUUUAUAGUAUUACCCAAGCGUGAGCAACCAACGGCAGUUGAACCGGAAGAAGAGUCCUUCUUGCCUCAAUGGGGUAUCGCAGUAAUUGUCAUAGCUAUGGCGUCACUUUUGUUCGUCGUCAUUUUCGGCGUCACUGUGCUGGUGAAUCGUCAAAAAAGUGCCAAAGCCAAACAGCCGAUACCGCUUAGUGAGGAUAUGCUUCGUGAGUUGGACAAGAGCCACAUGGGGGGCUUUGAAGAUAUGCAUCAGAUGAAGGAAAGGGACCUACCCUAUCUUCCCUCUGGAAAGCGUAUGUCAACUGCGUUCAUCGAGCAACUGGCGUACCCGAACCCGGGUGACUCGUGGCGGUCGGAGUGGACCCCGCAGAUGCAGAAGUAUAUGCAGCACUACACGCCCGACUCUGGCCGAGGCUCACAGAUUUACGGCACAUCUGGCAAUGCUUACGGGUACGGCGGCGGCGGCGGGUCGCAGUUGUACGGGCAGACGGGUGGCGGCUCCCAAGUGUAUGGGUAUACGGGAGAGUACCCCGUCCCUCGCUCCCACUACUCGCGCCGGCGCUCCGACUACGACAGCAACUUCUAAACUCUUCUAGAAACCUACAGACUUUCUUGACAAUAUAUCUUCUCUAAAUUAAUAACCUCAAAAACCCUGAAUACAAACAGUUCGUCCCAUUGUUUCAUCCACAUCGUGUAGAAUAUCAUUUUACCAGACAUCAGUAACAGGUUGUGAAAUAUGAUUUAUCAUAGCUAAAAUUACUUUAUCGGAGAAUGUAAAAGUGAGUUUAAAUUCGUGUUUCAGAAUUUGUAAGAGUUUUACAUAUUGCAUGAUAUUUUAGCAGCUUUUUAGUCCGGCCUAUUUAGGACGUAUACAGUGCAGUGCCAACCGACAGUUUGUUCAUUGUCUAAUAAGAUUUGUAAGAAACGUAGUUCUUUGAAAGCCUGAGGAGAAAGUAUCUGUUCUUUGUUUGCAAUCGAACAGUUAUGUGUACUCGUAUUUAUUAUUGAAAGAAACAUAUACACACAAACGUGAUGUCAGUGAAGUGAAUCUGAUUCACACAAUUUUUCAUCAGGCUUUUAAAAUAUGUAACUAAUGUAUCGUAUGGUCUGCCAAAAUAUUAAUUAUUACGACUGAUUGUGAGAUGUAAAUAAGUAGGAUAAGAACUUACCAAUAUUGUAAAUGGGGAUUAGUAGUGGAGAAUAUGAAAUAAUAUUUCUGUAGAUAACUCUGCAUACCUAUAUUUGCUCAGAACCUGUAGUGGAGUCAGAGGGCCGUGUGUGUGCGUGAAACGCCUCUUUGUGCCAAAUGUUUGUGUCGAUGUGUGUGUAAAUAAACUUUUUUGUAGUAGCGUUAAAUAUAGUUUAGGUGGCGAAUUGCCAAUAGCAAGCCACCUCGAUUGUAUUGUGCGCCCCCGAGGACAAUGAGAUUGCAGCCGGGAAGAGUCCAAGAUUUAGAGGACAUCGCUUUGGGAGUCCGGGCUUCCGCUAACCCUCAGAGCCCGUACGAUUGUCCGCGGUAGGAAUACGUAAUCCUCAAACGUUCAUUCGUUAUAGUAAUAUAGUCAAUUUUAUCAUCAGAAUAUUCAACCAAGUAAUGAGUACUUCCAAUUCGAGUUUUUUGAACGCCCUUCAACAAUUUGUAAUAUCUACGAAGAUGAAUUUAUAAAACUCUAAAUGUUUCCUCAUUUAGUCUCGAAUGUUCAAUUCAUUAUAAUGUUUAAUGUAAAUUUCUCAAAUAACGAGAUAUUGUACCUACUUACCAACUAGUUUAGUGUAUAUGCAUGGAAAUUCGUGUAUAUAAUAAAAUUUUGUACAUGUAGAUUUUUAAUUUAAUUAUUAUUAUAUAUUAGUUACAAAUUAAACUGUUAAG